AUGAGUCUGUGGUUCGAACUGUAUAACCACGCCGAAUAUGAGUGUGCUGAAAAGUUUGCGACCUCAGCAUUCAGGGGCAUCGAUUUCACUUUCUUGCUCUUUUCCAUUGCGCUGCUCAGAUUGUCCCCGGUGAGGGCGGACGGUGCUCCGAAUACUGAGCUCUUGGAGCUGGGCGCGCUGUUCCCGGGGGAGUGUGACGCGCUGUCGGCACAU